AUGAAUCAUCAACUCUCAAUAACCAUGUUGAUCGCAAUGCUCCUCCUACCACUCUCCUUUGUCUCGGCCUCCAUCGCAGACACACCCAAAACACCGCAGAAGAAAGCCUGUGGUUGGGAACUCAUGCAGAACCUCAACAUAUCCAUAGCUAGUCUGGGUACCUUGUACGCGAAACAGACAGGCGACCGUUCCCUGUGCACCCGCCAGGAUGACGGCUCAGAGUACUGCACUUGCAUUUAUGAGUGUGGGAAUGGGGUUUGGAGUUUUCAGGAAGAUCAAAGUACGACUGAUGUCAAGGACUGGACUUGGCAACAGGGUUGUGGAAAGUAUUGUCAUGCUGGUGUGUGUGAUGGUCAGGUUUAA